CAGAGGGAGCCACUUCAACAUUUCUCAAGUCCUUCCAAAGUGAAACACCUUUUUAAACUACUUACUGUUUUAUUAUUAUAACUCCGUUUACUUCAUUUGUUAAAGGUAAUCACACAUUUUAUCGACUAACCUGUAGGUUUACACGGUUUCUCCUCUGACCUUCAGCUCCCUUUUUGAUGAAAGCGGGUCAGAAGUGAGAAGCAACCUUCCAGGAGAGCGGAGCGCAGGGUAAGCUGUUGUCCUAAUCACAUUUGAAGCAAUCAGGGCAACAGUUGGGGCCGGACAGCGUGGAGGUGGGGACGCCUGCAGGGAGGAGCUCUCCGUGCGGUCGCAGACUUGACGUUUGGAGGAGCUGCGUUAUGUGAGAGAUUCCAGCGGCAUUUCAGGAUUUCUAUUUUCCUGAAAAACAACUCAAACAAAUGGAUAAUUAUUUGAGCCUGCAAAAACGAGAUGGGUUUGCAUUUUAUUAUUUUUAAAGCUGUUCUUAAACGCGAUUGAGUUAGCAUUGCCGCAAAAAGAUGUAGUCUUUUUUUCACCUUUUACUAAAAGGAUCCCAAAGCCAUGAUUGAAGGAGUCAUGGGGCGAAGGAAUGCGUUAUUUGUGCUCCUCCAGGUGCUCCUCCUGGCGCUGUUUUGCACGCAGUCGCUCGGACAGAUCUCCAACCUGAUGCUGUCUGUGAAGGAGGGUCUGCCAGCUAAAACAAUCGUUGGAGACCUGGGAGCGGUCCUGAGCACACCAAGCACUGGGUUCUUCAUCUCAGAGAGCAGAGACUCCUAUGUGUUCAGAGACUUGGAGAUAGACGCGGACACUGGCAUCAUCUCUACGGUGGUGGUCCUGGACAGAGAAAGCAGAGACAAGUAUGAGUUUGUGGCAGCUACUCUCACAGGGGAGAUGAUAAGGGUGAGAAUAGAGGUGGAGGACGUGAACGACCACUCACCUGUGUUUCCCAGCAAGGAAGUGGAGCUGGAAAUCUCAGAGCUGAGCCCACCAGGGAGUCGCUUUCAGCUUGAAGGUGCGACAGACCAGGAUGAGGGGGAGUUUAGCACUCAGGGAUACAGUAUCAAAGAGAGUGAGAUGGGAGAAUUGUUCCACUUGGAUUUCCGAAUGGGAUCUGAGAAGCUACACAGCCUGGAUCUUGUCCUGAACAGCAAAGUAGAUCGAGAAGCAUAUGACUUCUUCACCCUGACCAUUGAGGCCUUUGAUGGGGGGAUCCCAGCCAGGACUGGGACAGUCCAGGUGAACAUCCGCAUCCUGGACGAGAACGACAACCCUCCUGUGUUCAACCAGAGUGAAUACCACACCACAGUACGUGAGGAUGCUCCCAUCGGGUCUAUUGUCUCUCAGGUGCUAGCCAGUGACUCUGACCUGGGUGACAACAGCAGGAUCACGUAUGAGAUCAAUAGACGGCAGAGUGACCCAAACCAUAUUUUCUCCAUAAAUGAAACCACUGGAUUUAUUUAUUUGAGCAAGCCGCUGGAUUUCGAAACUCAUCCAUUUCAUGAGCUGAUCGUCACUGCGAGAGAUGACGGUGCUCAGCCUGAGUAUAGCAGCACCUUUGUGGGUGUCAAGGUCCUUAAUAUUAAUGAUAACAGCCCCACCAUCAGUGUGCUCUUUCUCAGUGAAACAGGAGAAGCAGACGUAUCAGAGGCAGCAGCUGUUGGGGACUAUGUUGCCCGGAUUUCGGUGUCAGACCCAGACCUGGAGGAGCACAGAAUCACAGUCUCUCUCGAAGGAGGAGAUGGGAAGUUUACCUUGAAGCAAACAGAUGAUUUUCUGUAUGCCUUGUGUGUUAACUCUGAGCUGGACAGGGAAGAAAGGGAUAUGUAUGAGCUGAGGGUGCAAGCAUCUGAUUUUGGUACCCCUCCUCUGAGCAGUGAGAUGCUUUUGCUCCUGAAGGUAUCUGACGCUAACGACUGCCACCCAGUCUUUGAACAGGAUGUGUACACUGUAAGCAUUGCUGAGGAUGCUCCUCUUGGUAGCUCCCUUAUACAGAUCCCGUCCCGAGAUGAUGACGAAGGCAUCAACUCAGAAAUCAGAUACUCCAUCCUGAAGUCCCAGCAAGACGGCCUGUUUAGCAUCGACCCGAACUCUGGUCUGGUCACCACAGCUGCAGUCCUCGACAGGGAGACUCAGAUGGAGGUUUGGUUCCUGGUCCUGGCAGAAGAUGGAGGGGAGCCAUCUUUGUCGUCUACAGCUACAGUCACAGUGCUGGUGGAGGAUGUCAACGACAACGAACCAGUGUUCCAGCAGCAGCUGUACAACGUGUCUAUACCAGAGCACAUGGACAUCGGAAGUUGCUUUUUACAUGUGGUCGCCACAGACGCAGAUAGCCCUGAGUUUGGUGCUCUUUUCUAUUCUCUGUCUGACGGCUUUGUCAGUCAGGAAAAACAUCUUCUUUUCCAAAUCCAUCCACACACAGGAGAGCUGUGUGUUUCCCAGGAUAUUGACCGAGAUAUUGGGCCGACUGUCCAUGACAUUCUGAUCAAAGCUGAAGAUCCAGGAGGUCUCAGCGCUCAAGCAUAUGUGCAUAUUGAGAUUCAAGACCUGAAUGACAACCCUCCAGUGUUCAGCCCUGAAGAGUACACUGUGAGCGUUAGCAGCCAUGCACCGCCUGGUACCGAAAUUGUCAAUGUUAUUGCCACAGACCGAGACUCCGGCAGGUUCGGACAGAUUACCUACAAAAUUAAUCCAGGAGACAUGUCCAGUUUGUUUACAGUGGAUAAACAAACAGGGAUGCUCUUUUUGAACUCCUCUUUGACCCACUUGGGUGCAGCCAGCAUGAAGCUCCUCAUAACUGCACAGGAUGAAGAUGGCUUAGCUUCAGCCAGACCUGCAGAAGUGACAAUGAAUGUUGUACAAAGUGCUCAGGCUCCAGCUGUGUUCCAGAGGCCGCGGUACACAUUUACAGUGCCUGAAGAUGCACCAGUGGGAACAUCUGUGGGCACUGUGGAGGCCAGUAACCCAGCCGACGCUACAGAAUCCGUUUCUUACCGAAUCUCUUCUGGAGACCCUCACACUUGGUUUUCUGUACAUCCAAAGUCUGGUGUUAUCAAUACCAUUAAACCUCUGGACCAUGAGUCUCAGCCAUAUGCCCUGCUGUUUCUUCAGUCCUACACCAGCACUUCUCCUAUUUACAGCACCACCCAGGUCAACAUUACCAUCACUGAUGUCAAUGACAAUGCCCCUGUGUUCCCCAAAAGAAGAGACACCAUCACAGUGUCUCAAAACACUCGGCCUGGAACAGUCCUGUUCAUCGCUCACGCACAUGACUAUGACAGUGGUGUCAAUAGUGUAGUGCAGUAUCACCUCAAAAGCAGCAGAAACGAGAUGUUUGCCAUUGAUCCCAACCUUGGAACAGUUAGCCUUAAUAAGAGUUUACAGGUAAGUCAUCAGCAAAGGUACAACCUGGAAAUCUUGGCCAAAGAUGAAGGAGAACCUUCCCUGAGCUCUACGCUGACCCUUUCGGUUAACAUUGACCACACAGCUGCAGAUGAAAGCCUGGCCUUUGAGACGCUUGUCUACCAGGUGGAAAUAGGUGAAGGAUAUCGCAAAGACUCUCGCGUCAUCCAGGUGAGGUCGCACCAAACCCGAGGAUCUCACACUUCAAAUUCAGGCCUUACAUACUCCUUAGAAGCAGAAGCUGGAUUCCCUCUGCCUCCUUUUCGCAUUAACCCAAAGACCGGAUGGUUGUAUCUCUCCAGCAAUCUCGACUAUGAGACCGAUUCAAGAUAUCGUUUUCAUGUGUUGUCCACCUCCAGAGAGGCCUCACUGGCGAAUAUCACGGCAACAGCAACGGUGAUUGUACUGGUGCUGGACAUCAAUGACAAUCCCCCGGUGUUCAGCAGCAACGUGUACUACUUCACUGUGUCAGAGGGGCCUUCUCCACAAGGCCUUGUGGGAACAGUCAGGGCCAAGGAUAAAGAUUCUGGGAAAAACAGCCAGCUCUCCUACAUUCUUCUCUCAGAUGGGAAAUACUUCCGGAUCAAUGCUAAAACAGGUGAAAUUAUCAACUGGGUGGCGCUGGACCGGGAGCAGCACAGCCAGCACAGCCUGAGGGUAAUGGUGACAGACCAGGGUCACCCUUGUCUCAAUGCCACCGCCAACAUUCAUGUCCUGGUCACUGACAUCAACGACAACACUCCACAGUUUAAUCAUCUACCUUCCAGCAAAGAACUGAAUGUUCCUAUAUGGGGAGGCAUACCCACAGGAUUCGUGGUGACAAACUUGUUUGCCAAAGAUUUGGAUGCUGGAGAGAAUGGAACGGUCACCCAUUCACUAGUAACAUUUGGGUCAGAGGAAGAUGGUAGACACUUUGAGAUUGACAGUCAAAGUGGAGACAUCAGAACUACGCAGCUUUUCAGUGAGAGCACUAAACCAUUUUACACCCUGAGAAUAACCGCCAGGGAUGGCGGAGCCCCGUCACUGGAGGAUACUGCAGUGGUUCAUAUACAGGUUUAUGGAUUAGAAGAUCAGUACGGCAGCUCAGAGCACCAAGAACUGAGGUAUUUCUCAGUGAGAGAGGACGCCGAGCCUGCAACCGUCAUCGGUUCUGUUAGUGUUUCAGAUAAAAACAGAUUUCAAUACACCAUCACUGAGGGAGACGGAAGUAUUUACUUUGGAGUUGACAGCUUGUCUGGCGACAUUUACGUCAACCAGCCGCUGGACUACGAGUCUGCCACGCAGUACUUCCUGGUGGUUCGAGCUGAAGAUGUUGGUCCAUCUGUUGGUGUAAAUGUCUCCGUGUUGGUGAGCGUGGCGGUGGAGGACGUGAACGACCACACACCCUGGUUCCCUGAUAAACUACUGAUGUUUGGUUUGAAGGAAGAUGCUGUCGUCGGAUCACCGGUCUUUGCUUUUCAUGCCAGAGAUGCUGAUGGGACUUUUCCAAACAGUGCCCUUCGCUACACUCUGACCUUUGACCCUGACGUCAGUGGGUCACCGCCACACUUCCCCUUUCACAUUAACUCAUAUACAGGCACAAUGACCGUUGCAUCACCAUUAGACCGCGAGAGCACCCCGACUUUUGUUUUCAUGGUAACCGCCACAGACCAGGCGAAGAGGAUGGAUGAGUGUAAACAGACAUCGGUGACGGUUCAGCUCUUCCUGCUGGAUGUGAACGAUAACCGGCCCGUGUUUGUGUCCGCUGACUCAGUCCAACUGAAGGAGGACACAGAGGUGGGGAUUGUGCUGCACCAUUUCGUGGCUGUAGAUGGUGAUCAAGGUGAAAAUGGAUUGGUAUCCUACUCCAUUAUGGCUGGAAACAAGAAAGGGUUCUUCACACUGGAGGAGAAAACUGGCCUUUUGUUUCUCUCUGCCCCUUUGGACUAUGAGACCCAGCGUGUCCAUCGUCUAACUGUCCGAGCGUCUGAUCAGGGCGUCCCCUCUCUGUCCUCCACCCAGACCCUGACAGUGGAGGUCAGAGAUCUUAACGACCAACCGCCUGUCUUCAGUCAGUCCACCUAUAUUACCAGUGUGGUGGAGAAUAAAGACCCUGGAGAGCCUGUAGUCACAGUGUCUGCCUCUGAUAUGGAUUCAGAGGAGAAUGCUGUGGUGUGGUACAGUCUUCUGCCAGGACCUGGCUAUGAGCUCUUCAGCAUCAACCCUCAUACUGGUCUGAUCACCACCACGUCCCACCUGGACAGAGAAAAGGAGCAACAUUUUACCCUCAGAGUCCAGGCUCGUGACAGCGGCACUCGCCCUUUGUCGGGGACCGCCACGGUCUUGUGUUCUGUCCUGGACGACAAUGACAACCCUCCAGAGUUUAUGCAGCCAUUGUUCCGGAUCAGCUUGCCAGAAAAUCUUUCUCCUGGAGUUAUAUAUGCAGCUCUUGCCUUUGACCCAGAUCAUGGAGAAAAUGGCACCAUACAUUACUCUAUAUUAGGUGAGGACUACGGAGGUCGAUUCAACAUCAACAGUGAAACUGGUGCGGUCAGCACCAUGCAGGUUCUGGAUCGGGAGGAAGUACAGAACUACACUCUUACCAUUCAGGCUCAAGAUUCAGGUCCAAAGCCUCUCAGCUCCUCCUCACACCUUCACCUUAUCCUGCUGGACCAGAAUGACAAUGCCCCAUCCUUUAGCCGUGAGAGCUAUCACGCCUCAAUCAGUGAAGGCUUACCAUCUGGAGCUGAGGUCCUGCAGCUCAGUGCCUUCGAUCCUGAUGAGGGGCCUAAUAGGGACGUGACCUACACCCUAACAGAGGACAACAGCCAUGGGGCUUUUUCAGUGGAUCCCUUUACUGGAAUCGUUCGCACUGCCAGGUCUUUGGACAGAGAAAGCCGGGCUCAGUACACCCUCAAAGCUGUGGCCACAGACAGUUCCACUCUUGGCCCACUGAGCUCUGUGGCAUCACUGACGAUUCAGAUAGAGGAUGUGAACGACAACUUGCCAAUCUGUGAGCAGAACCCACUUAACGUGUGGGUUUCAUUGAGGACUCAACCUAAUCAAAUAGUGACCACGGUGACCGCUACAGAUGCUGACCAGGGUGAGAAUGGGACAGUUCAGUUUAGGUUAUCUGAGCAGGAAAAUCUGUUUGACAUCAACUCUGAUUCAGGAGAGAUUUCACUAAGAAGGCGAGUAAGAGCAGGUUUCUCUGGGAGAAAGCUGCAGGUCCUGGUUUCAGACCGAGGACGUCCUUCCCUUACCACCACCUGCCUGGUGUUGGUCCAUCUGAAAGGCGAACAUGAAGGGCUUCAGUUCACAAACAAAGUGUACAAUGCUACCGUCAAAGAGAACAGCAGAGCAGGUACUUGGAUUGUGAAAGUGGAGGCCAGUGAAGUCACCAUCAGCAGACAAAGAAUAACAUACACAAUAUUUAGUGGCAACGAGAAUGGAGUGUUCUCCAUAAACCAUUACACAGGUGAGAUCCGAGUGCAGAAAGAAAACUCUCUGGACUUUGAAGCGUAUCCUCACAUCCAGCUGGUUGUUCUGGCCGAAGACGGGCUGUACACGGCUUACUGCAGGGUCUCCAUCAUGCUGUUGGAUGUUAAUGAUAACACACCGCUGUUUGAACUCAGCAGCUACAGAACAGCUGUUUGGGAGGGACAAGUCCGCACCACCUACGUCACGCAGGUGUUUGCAUCUGAUGCUGACAGCGGCGAGAACGGACAGAUUGAGUACUCCAUCCUGUCCGGCAACAUUAAUGAAGCAUUUAUUCUGGACUCUGUGAGAGGCAUCCUUGCCACUAAUGUCCUGCUGGACCGUGAAAUAACUCCCUCUUACAAGCUGAUCCUGCAGGCAGCAGACAGGGGGAAGCCUCCACUUAGCAGCACUGCCACCAUUAGGGUCCAAGUGGUGGAUAUCAAUGACAACAGCCCUGCCAUCCCACCCAUGGAGCCCGUGUAUAUAUCUGAAGCUCUACCAGGAGGUUAUGUGGUCACCCAGGUAACUGCGAAUGACGUUGACCUCAGCUCAACCAUCACCUACAGUUUUUCAGACAACAGUGGCACCAGGGAUCCCUUCGCGAUUGACCGCUACACGGGUGUCAUCACGUUGACUCGAGCUCUGGACUACGAGGUAGAGAAGGAGUACACUCUGGCAGUGUGGGCAUCAGACUCGCUCCACGAGACCAGCGGAGAGGUUCAAGUUCAAGUUCUGGAUGUGAAUGACAACAGUCCAGUCUUUACACAGGUCUCCUAUCAGGUGGAAGUGUCAGAGCUGGUCUCAGCAGAUACUUUAGUUGUCACUGUUGCUGCUACUGAUGGUGAUUCUGGUCUUAAUGGCGAGGUCAGCUACAGACUGCUUUCAUCUCCUCUUCAUGCCUUCUACAUCCAGCCAGACAAUGGUUCUGUUUUCACCAACAAGCCUUUAAGGGCCAUCACAAACAGCAACCUGCUCAAUCUUCUGGUGGAGGCAAGAGAUCGGGGUGAUCCCGUGCGAGCCACAGUCACCUCUGUGGACCUGGUGAUUCUAGACUCAAAUGAUCAUAAACCUUUGUUUCACCAAGAUAUUUACACACUGACCGUUUCUGAGGAUACACCUACAGAAACCACCCUGCUCACUCUUUCUGCACACGACGAAGACUGGAGCCCAGAAAAUACCCAUUUGGACUAUGCCAUCAUCAGCGGAAAUGAAGAAAAACGAUUCUGUAUGGAAGUGAAAAUGACUUCCAUUGAAAAUGAAAUGAAAAAUGUUGGAAGACUAGUUUUGUGUAGCUCUUUAGACCGUGAGACCACGGAGUAUUAUGAACUGACAGUAAGGGUUUCGGAUCGAGGAACGCCUCCCCUGAACAGCUCAUCAACCAUUAAAGUGACUGUUACAGACUGCAAUGACAAUGCUCCCAUCUUCUUUAGCACAGAGUACCAUGCACAGGUGAGUGAAAGCAGCCAGAUAGGGACCAGCUUGGUCCAGGUCAGUGCUUGGGAUCCUGACCUGGGUAUCAAUGGCCUUGUGCAUUAUGAAAUUAUUUCUGGGAACAGUAAAGGUCACCUCAAGCUGGACCACCAGUCUGGUCUUUUGGUUGUUAACCACACACUUGACUAUGAGGCAGAUUUCAAAUAUAUUCUCACCAUCAGAGCAACUGAUGGGGGGCAGGCAUCAGAAAACCAUAAUGUUGCUUUUACAGUCGUCUUUAUCAAAGUUCUGGAUGAGAAUGACAACACUCCAUACUUUAUGUUUCCCACUGUUACCUGCUCAGUGCUGGAAAACCUACCAGCAUUUUCUCAUACAUGUUCUGUCCACGCUGUUGACAAAGACUCUGGGCCUUAUGGCCAGCUGACCUACUCGAUUAUGUCUUCUUGCUUCAUGGACUAUGGCAGUGGAAGCCCAGAGAGGAAGGAGGCUUUUGCCAUUGAUGCCCUUACAGGUGACAUUCACACCAGACAAAUAUUUGAUUACGAACGUGAAAGUGAGUACUGCUUUGUAGUGGAGGCCAGAGACAAAGGUGACAAAUCAGCUACAGUAAGAGUCCAAGUGGCCAUAAAGGGAGUGGAUGAAUUCAGUCCCAUCUUCACUCAGAAGCAGUACCACUUCCUUCUUCCAGAAAACACCAAGAUUGGGAAGACAGUAGGUUAUGUGAUGGCAAUGGACCACGAUGGAGGGGUUGACGGGCUGGUAGAGUACUCCCUUUUGACUUCAUCGCCAGUUUUUUCAAUUAAUGAAACAGUUGGAGCUAUCUUUGUGUCUGGUCCUGUAUAUCACAGACGAAUCAGCCAUACCAGCAACGAUCUGGUGGAACUGGUUGUAUCUGCUGGUAGUCCCAGGUUGGGUUCUAGAACGGCAACUUGCUUGGUUUUUGUCAAUAUUUCCAGCUCAGCUGAAGCACUUAUUGGGGCUCAGCUUGAUUACCACAUACUUAGUCUGAGUGUGUCGCUUCUUUUGAGCCUCUUUGUCCUUGUCAUCUUCAUGGGCUUAUUUCUCAGAUGUCAAGUUAAAGAAGCUGCUCUGAAAAGGGCUACUGCCAUUGCUGCACAACUGCACCACAUUACUGACUCUUCUAGUGAAUCCAACAGCCAGAUGCAAAGUACCGUUUCCUUGCAGGAGUUGACGCAAUCCGAAAGUUUUGUUGCAAAGAGAGACAUCUUAAACCCAUAUACCCAGUCAGAUUCAAGUGGCCGUGGAUCAGCAGAGGGUGAGACAGCUGAAGACCAGGAAAUCAAGUGGAUCAAUGAGUUUCCCUGCUAUAAAAGAGAUGAAUUCAGCCAACAAACAUCAGAGAUUCCCAACUCUACCUUAACAGCUGAUAAUAUCUCCUGCCGCUCUAUUGAUGUAGGACCAGAACAUAUUUUAUCUAUUUUAGCCAAGGGCAUAGCAAGCACGGAAAGUCUCCACCAUUUUAAAGAGGAAGGAGGAGGGGAGGGAUUACUUCCUGCUAUAAUUAAUGUGAAAGAUUUAGAGGAGUCAACAGGGGUAAAAGGGUUUGCCCUCCUUUCCAAGGCUCAAGCCCCUGCAGAUUCUCUGACGUCACUGGUGUGCCUUGAGGAGCCACUGGAGGGUAGUUACAGCUGGGACUUCCUUUUAGACUGGGAACCACACUUUCAAUCUCUGGCUGCGGUAUUCACCGAUAUAGGUAUGCUCCCCGAUGAGGUCCUUCAAGGAGGCCAUGAAGACUUUGCUUCAGAGUCGAGCUCUCUCAUGUACCCGCCACCACUCAUAACCGGAGUGGCUCAGCCAGGCAUUCGGACUGUUCCUCCAAGAAAACCUGGACGAGUACCAACCGUGAGCAGGAAGUCUUCCUACCCCAAAUAUGCUUAUUCUCCUCUAGCCAGGAACACAGGACUUACCCCGUCAGCUAUGACACCCACUUUCACCCCAUCGCUGUCCUCUCUUACCAUUAUGACUCCCAGCUCCUCGCCAGUGGUCUCAGAAACCGGAGUGGGGGGGAUCAGACUUGACUCAGGACCCCAUACUGCAAGUCUUUUGGAGGCUGAAAUCCAAGUGUAGGCAUGGACAAUUUUAAAUAUACACUACAUAGCUUAAAGUAUUGGGUCACACCACAAAAUCAAUGGAUGCCAUGGAAAUGUUACAGUCACUUCCAUGGCUGCAGAUGUAUAAAGUUCAAAAUGGUCCAUCAAUAAAAUGGACCUUAUAGAUUAAGAAUAGGAUGUCAUCAAAAUUCAUGUACAUGUAAAUGUAGACAGACAAAUACUUUUGGCAAUAUAGUGUAGCAAUCAGUCCAGUACUCCACAGAUCACUUGAAAUAUUCUAGAGCUAUCCUGCCCAGUUUGAGUUGUUGAUAUUUUAAAAUAUGCCUGAUCAUUUGUCCAGUAUCGUUCCAAUGUCUGUUUUCUGUAAAACCAUUCUUAGACCAAGAGUGGCUUCCAUAAGCCACACAACGCUGCCAUGAGUAAAACACAAAUUAAACCAUUUCAGUGUGUAGGUGCAUCCAGCUUAGUGGCACCUGCGCAGUCUUGUGUGGACUUUAAUAACACUGUGACAAACUCACACUCCCAAUAGACAUACGAUAUCUAUCAAACUGCUCCGGACUGUUGGUUGGUGUAAAAGUAGAGUAAAAUCCACACUGUAGAGCAUCUCACCUCAUUUUCUGACUGUUAUUGUUUUCUAUUUUGUCUCACAGUAUCGAUCUGCUUGUUAUUUUAAAAUCUCUGCCUUUUAUGCUUGUCUCACUGACUCCUGUAAGAAGCUCAGGGCACGCCGCUUUUGGUCUAAAAGCCACUUAAUUGUUAUUGUGAGUCUCUCCUGAAGACGGAGACUGAGGGCAAGGAUGUAGUUAACAUUUUAGACUGCUUCCAUAGCUCACAUCUUUAAUAAAUCUGAACUAAUAGCUUUAAAAAAUAAAGUCUGUCUUGCAUUAAUUCUUUUAACUAAUCACAAUUUAAAUACAUCCAGAUUUUCUUUUUAUCCAAUAACUGAAUGGAAAUAAAACACUUUUUAUUGGCGUUUACAGUGGUAACUUUUUCAUGAUUACUUCGACUUUAACAACCAAAGAACAGCAACACAUUUUGUAAUUAUGUUUCUCUCAUCAUAAAAUCAGAACAUUUUUGCCCCCCUCUUCUUUUAAUAAAUGCCAACAUAAUUACGUGCCGGGUGAAGCUAAUUUAAAUUUAUUUUUUUGAUCACAAGCCUAAUUUGAUGUUUUUCAUUGUUAAGGGCAGUAAAAGAGUUUAUGUGUAUUCACACGUCACCUAACAAAACAGAGUACACAUUGCACAGAUUUAAGAUUUAACAUUAGGUUGUUUUAUGGUCACUGCUCAUAAACCAAGUCCAGGUUUUUGUUUUCAUGAAUAGAUGAUCUGUUUGCUUCUCUUUUGUUUCUGUGUUUGCUGACCAAAUGGCACUCUUUUUUUUGUUAAUUUCCAUUCUUUGUCAAGCACUUUAUGUACAAACUGUAGAUACUUUUUGUCUUUGAAUAUUAAUAAAUUUGAUGAGAAAUUUCCAAUAUA